GCCUGCAAGAAAGCAAUGGAGAAAUCCAGACCCUUAUGGGACAAUCCCCUGCAGUUUGUUUUUGCCUGCAUUUCCUAUGCUGUGGGGCUGGGAAAUGUGUGGAGGUUUCCAUACUUGUGUCAGAUGUACGGAGGAGGUGGCUUUUUGAUCCCAUACCUCAUCAUGCUGAUUGCCGAGGGGAUGCCGCUGCUGUACUUGGAGCUGGCCGUCGGGCAGCGCAUGCGGCAGGGCAGCAUCGGCGCCUGGAAAAUUAUAAGUCCCUACCUCUGCGGUGUUGGAGUUGCCAGUGUUGUCGUCUCCUUCUUCCUCUCCAUGUACUACAAUGUGAUAAAUGCUUGGGCCUUCUGGUACCUCUUCCACUCUUUCCAGGACCCCCUGCCAUGGGCCACCUGCCCCCUCAACAGCAACCGCACAGGCUACGAGGAGGAAUGUGAGAAGACUUCGUCCACGCAGUACUUCUGGUACCGGCAGACGCUGAACAUCUCCCCGUCGCUGGAGGCCAGCGGCAGCGUGCAGUGGGAGCAGGCGCUGUGCCUGACGCUGGCCUGGCUCGUGGUUUACCUCUGCAUCCUCCGCGGCACCGCCUCCACCGGCAAGGUGGUCUAUGUGACAGCGUCUUUGCCAUACUGUGUUCUCAUCAUAUACCUCAUCAGAGGAUUAACACUUCAUGGAGCUGUGAAUGGGCUUGUCUACAUGUUCACACCAAAGCUGGAGCAGCUGUCGAACCCCAAGACCUGGAUCAGCGCUGCCACGCAGAUUUUCUUCUCACUGGGCCUUGGCUCCGGCAGCCUCAUCGCCUUUGCCAGCUACAACGAGCCCAGCAACAACUGCCAGAGACACGCCAUCAUCGUGUCCCUCAUCAACAGCACCACCUCCAUAUUCGCCAGCAUCGUCACCUUCUCCAUCUACGGCUUCAAGGCCACCUUUAACUACGAGAGCUGUAUCAACAAGGUGAUCCUGCUGCUGCUGAAUGCUUUUGACCUGGAGGAAGGCUCUUUAACAGCAGACAACCUCAGUGAGAUGAAAGAUUACCUCAUGGCCACCUACCCACAGGAAUAUGCCCAAUUAGCACCACAGAUUAAAAACUGCAGCUUGGAAGCUGAGCUAGACACGGCUGUCCAGGGGACGGGACUGGCAUUUAUAGUCUAUUCAGAAGCAAUCAAAAACAUGGAGGUGCCCCAGCUGUACUCUGUGCUCUACUUCUUCAUGCUGCUGAUGUUGGGCAUUGGCAGCAUGCUGGGGAACACGGCUGCCAUCCUCACGCCACUGAGCGACAGCAGGGUCAUCGCCUCCCGCUUCCCCAAGGAGGUGAUCUCGGGCGUUGUGUGUUUCAUGAAUUGUAUAAUUGGCCUGAUCUUCACCACGGAGGCUGGAAAUUACUGGUUUGACAUCUUCAACGACUACGCAGCCACCCUCUCACUGCUGCUCAUCGUGCUGGUGGAAACCAUCGCUGUGUGUUACAUCUAUGGCAUAAGGAGAUUUGAGAAAGAUCUUUACACCAUGAUUGGACACAAGCCAAACUGGUAUUGGAAAAUUAUGUGGGCUUUUGUUAGUCCACUGCUUAUUAUAAGCCUAUUUAUUUUUUACCUCACUGACUACAUCCUCACAGGAACAUUGCAAUACCAAGCAUGGGAUGCCACACAGGGCCAGCUGGUGACCAAGGAUUACCCAGGCUAUGCCCUGGCAGUGAUCGGGCUGCUGGUAGCAUCAUCCACCAUGUGCAUCCCCCUGGGAGCACUAGUGACUUUUGUAAGGAAGAGACUGAAGAGGGAACGAGUCUCAACUGUUGCAUGA